AUGCCAAACGACCAAGCAUAUUACAAGUCAGGAUUUGACAAACUGGUGUCUGAUACACACGCAUGGCGCACAGUUUCUAAUGCAGUUCCUUUCGUGAUUCCUUAUCUAAAUAAGAAAGGAAGAUUACUAGAUGUGGGUCUGGGACCUGGCACAAUUCUGAAAGAUUUUGCUAAUUAUGUUGCGGAGGUGGUUGGGGUAGAACCAACUCAAGAGUUAGUUGAUCUUGCAGCAAGCCAGCCAGAUCUCCCCAAGCUGGUAACCUUCCAAUAUGGUCUGGCAUACAAUUUACCUUUUGAAGAUAAUAGUUUUGACUUUGUUCAUGCUUCACAAGUUGUAGUUCAUCUUGAGAAACCCAUUGAAGCGCUAAAAGAAAUGGAGCGAGUUUGUAAGCCCGGAGGCUAUGUUUUUGUAAAGGACACAGACUUGAAACUGAAAGUGAUAUAUCCAGAAAAGUAUGCUUCUUUGUUGACGAACGCUGUGGAUUCGAGAAUCAAAAACCUGUCGACUCUGCCCAUAGCCGGAAGACAGCUUAAAGAGAGAGCUCUAGCUGCAGGUUAUAAGGUUGAUAAGCUAAAAUAUUCGUCGCUGGUGUGGUGUAUUAGUAGCUAUGAGGAGCGACAUGAAUGGGCCGAAAGGUUUUGCUCCCGUUUAACUAAAACGAAAGAAAGUAACCUAGAAGGUGAACAGUUGGAAAAUGUACUUCGUGCUUACCGCGAAUGGCUGGAGGACGAAAGUGCAUUGAUGAUCUUGAUUCAUGGGGAGCUAGUAUAUAGAGUCUAA